CCCAGCAAGUCGGCCAUUAUUGUCGCCAUAUUAUGUGAGGAAUUUAUGAAUUACUGAAAAUUUUAUGGUUUAACAACCAUUUGGAUGAUUUGACAAACGAAUUUAUCAGUUUAGUGUCAUAUAAAAUCAUGGAGUGACAAUGAGUCACCCAAACCCAGCAGGAAACGGCUGCUCACUGGAGGAUUGUUACACAAAUUUAUUUGCAUUGACUGAUAUUUGUGGCAUUAAAUGGAGAAGGUUAGCCACAAACCCUGAUUCCCAUGUUCCCUUGGGGUUGGAUCAUCUUGAGGACCCUGUUUUGGUUUCCUAUUCAAAAUGUAUUCAGUCCGACAUACUGUGUGUCUGGAGACGAAUUCAGAAUCAAGCUGGAGAACAGCGUACCGACCAUUUAUCAUUCAAUAAAGAAUUAUGGAUCUUUUGGUAUGGAGAUGAACCUGCUGCAUUAGAAUCGCAUGUCUCUAAGGAUCUUAUAGUGAAGGAAACAGGUUCCUGGGACAAAGGUAAAGAUCAUGGACUGUCCUAUGAAUGCAGAACAUUACUAUUCAAAGCAUUGCAUAAUCUCAUUGAAAGGUGUUUGUUGACAAAGGGAUUUGCCAGACUGGGAAGGUGGUUUGUUCAACCAUAUGAUUCUCAGACACAGAAUACUGACAGACAGACACAUCUUUCCUUCAGCUUUAAUUUCUUUCUUCAUGGAGAGAGUUCAGUUUGUGCCAGUAUUGAAGUUAAACAACACCCACCUGUCUGGAGACUUACAACACAUCACUUGACGUUAGCACAAGAAAAUCAUACUAACUUCCAAGUCAUACUAGCACCAUAUGGUUUAAAUGGUACAUUAACUGGCCAGUCCUACAGAGAUGCUGAUCAACAUGCCCACAAAGUACUGGAUGAAUGGAGUCGAUUCUAUCCAAUUGACAAAUCUGACAAGGAAGGGGAUCCUUCUAAAGCACCAGCGUUGGUAGAAGUUCUUGUUGCUGGUGUACGUAUGAAGUAUCCGUCAAGUUUUGUAUUACUGUGCGAUGUUGAAGAAUAUCUACAUAAGAAUAUUACAGCACCUGCCCCAGCAACAAGUCUGCCACGCCCACAGCCAGUUGUACCACACAGUCAUUUAACUCCACCCUCAUCCCCAGCAGAUAUCAGUAUUCUGACAGAUCACGGAACCAAAACAGGAGGUGGUGUUAUGGCCUCCGGAGGAACACAUCAUAUGGAUAUCAGUUCGGAUUUGAUCGCUAAAUCUGAACGUGUUUUCUCGAGUAAAAUACAGGAGAAGAUGUUACAGGAUAACUGUAUCAAUUCUGUUGUCAGUAAAAGACCAUCUGAAGCAGUAAGUGAAGAAACAGCCGCUGGUGUGUGGGAUUUCAAUGACCCUACCACAAAACUCAACUGUAACUGUUCAAGGCAUCGUUUAUUAAAGAAUAAGCCAAUCUUGACAGGACAAAACAAAACACAACAAGGAACAACAAACAAGCAUGGAAAAGGGGAUUUUAAAACAGACAAAAAUGAAAGACCACCUUCUAGAUUAGGCAGAAGCACAGCCUUCCAUCGCCAGUCAACAACUGCAGAGGUAGUAGAUGUUGACUUGUUGAUGCAGAGGGCAACAGUACAGGGUGUUAACUUUGCUCCUUCCCAAGGACCAGGUGGAACAUUACCACAGUUGAAUAACACGGGUGAAGGUAGCACAGUUCCAGAAGGCCAUUCUCCAGCGGCUGUACCUUCACCACUAGAAGAGCCAAACAGUCAUUCUCAUGUCAGUCAGAGUGGUGAACCUACCAUGCCCAAAUUAAGUCCACACCCACCACCAGAGGUUCCUGAAAUUAAGCCAGUGGUCGAAAAUAAUCCUAGUGCUAUGGUCAAUGGACAUGUGGACUUUGCCAAACCAAAUGAUGUGUCGACGCCAAAAGCAGCAGAAAACGUAAUGUCCCCUCCUUGGGUUCCUUCUGAAGCAAAAAAUGUUAGUAUUAACAAUUGGAUCAAAUCUCAUCAGCUUCAUAAGCAUGUAGAGGUUCCUGGGAUAAAAAGGCCAUUGUUGCCGACCCUUCAGACAGAUGGGGAGAGCUUUGUGACUGAGAAUCUUUACAAUCUGGACCCUCUUAACACAUGGUUGAGUAUCCCAGUACUGAAGAAACCACGAUAUGAAGAACUGUCUCCGGAUGGGGAAUCAAUGAUGAUAUCCCAGAAGCACAUGAAUUGUAAUUCUCCCCAGUCUAUGGAAGAUGAUCCUUACGAGUUUUCUGAUGAGGCAUCAAUUAAUCCUGCUACAAUCACAAACAGAAAGAUGAGAGAUAGCAGAGAUGAAGGCUUUCACAAUCGCAAGUCUCCUUACGGCAGAGGGGAUGAUGAAUCUGGUAGAUUGGAUUCUAACAGGGAUGGUACUGAUCCUGGCUCCUUGACAUCACCGCCAGCAACUCCAAACCCAGCUUUAAAGCAGGAUGGUCUGAUGCAUCUGAAUGAUCUUGUUGUGAAACCUUCAGAUCUGGACCAUAUAUUUGAGUCGGACUCGGAUAAUGAUGAAUCUUCAUUAUUGCCAAAAGACACAAUUAUUCCCGAUGAUCUAAAGCAUGCUACAAAAAUUGUCAUUCAGCCCACUGAAGGAGUGAUAGCUGCUUCAGAAUUGAUCCGAAUGUACCCAACACCUCCAUCAAAUAAUUCAGAGAUUUCACCCAUAUCAUACCAUGAAGUUAUUGAAACAUAUGAAAGGCCCAUUAUCAAGAAAGAAAUUAAUGUUCCUUCUAUUGAAGAGUUCCUCAAGGAUGUACCUAGUGUGUUCCAGCCACAAGAACAAGAAGAAUUUGUCAGUUCAGAAAAAUACUCAACAGUGACUCUACCUAGUAACAAACUGUCUCCUAUCCACCACCCACCAGAUUAUAAAGCUUCUUGGCAGUUUCCUAUGCCAAUCAUGGAGAAACCUCCACCUAACAGCUACAUAAACAUACCGUCCAUAGAGAAUAUUCCAAGCUUGCCAUCACGUAUGCCCUCCAGUGCAAUAGAAUCUUCGCCUGCAAUGUUCCAGACAUCAAGUGUGGGACCACAAAGGACACCGAUGAGUUACGAACUGCAGUCCCCUGCAUCAAAUGCUUCGUCAUAUCUAAACAAAACCUUAAACUCUGUAGACAACCAGGGUACUAAUAAUCAAAUAGCAGAGGUGCAAAGUUUGAUUGUCAAUAUCUUGUUAAUGGAUUCUAGACUCAACGUCUUUAAAGAUGCUAAUUUUGAUAGUUGUAAUUUUUGUGUGUGUAACGGUAAUAUAAAAGGUGCUGAUAGUGGUAUUCUCAUAGAGGAUCCAUCUGGUGAGGCACAGUACAGUUGUACGUGUGGAUUUAGUGCUAUUCGCAAUAGACGAUUUGGAAUUCAUGCAGGAUUAUUUUACGAGGAUGAGGUUGACAUUACAGGUGUGCGAAACGAUCGAUUAGAUAGACGGAAGCCUGGUCUGUUAUCGUUGGAAUUUAAUGGUGAACAUAAAGGGGAUGACCCAAAUAUGUUGGUGCUCGAGUUAUUAUUAGGACAGUUUACUGUGCCGUAUCCUUCCUCAUCCUCAUCUCAACUUUUAAUCAGACUCUCUAUGAACACAGAUACUUCAUAUGCAGCUAUUUCAGUCGAUGAUUUCCCACUAAGGGAUGGAAACGAUGUUUCCUAUACAGCUUUAGACCAAGGUCGGCAGGCUAUGGAACACUGUUUACCAACUAAACUGAACGAUGAUGUGAUGAAAACUACUUGUCUCCAUAAAUGGCAAUUUUUACAAGGUGCUACUAAAAUACCUCUCAAUUCUCAAGACUCCCAACAUCUGUUGAAGUCACUACAACCUAUUUUGCAAGAUGCAAUACAGAACAAACGUGUGACAAGGUUAUGGGAACAGACUUUCAAAUUAACGGGUCCUCUCACAUGGAAGGAAUUUCACCAGCUGGCUGGUCGGGGUUCCGAAGAGAAUUCUUCUCCACAACCUAUACCUGCAUUGUUAGUGGGUCACGACAAAGACUGGCUGUCAGUGUCGCCAUACUCGCUUAGAUUCUGGGAAAAACAGUUCAUGGAACCAUAUGGCAAACAAAGAGACAUUGCCUAUGUUGUUUUAGCUCCAGACAAUAACUAUGUGAUAGACUAUGUCAAAAUAUUCUUUCAAGAACUCAGUAAUGUGUAUGAACUAUGUCGGUUAGGACGUCAUGCUCCAUUUGCCAAAAAGCUUCGUGAUGGAAUCAUGAGGAUCGGUAAAAAGCAGGCAGCUUCUAAAACUGGUGACGAGGUCGAGGAAGAAUUCUUCAAACAUAUAGGUGAAUCUCCCAUUACCAAUAAAUUGAGGCUGUAUGCACAAGUGUGUAGUUCCUGGUUAGCUCCAUUACUUGGCCAGCAGACCUUGGACCAGUCGGUAUUUGAACCAAAUACAAACUACAGGGCAGGGUAUAAACCAUGUGAGCCUAUUCCUCCAACCAACACUGAACAUGUUUUCACUGUACCUCCACCUACUACUGUUAAUGAAGACAAUAAAGAAAACACUCAAACUUCUGAAUCUAACAACUUGAGAGAUCAAAGUCUACAUGAAAAUGAUCGUGAAAAACCCACGGAGAGUCCAGCAUUGGUUGUGUAUAUCGUGGAUCCUUUCAGCUACGGUCAGAACUGUGAAGGGGAAUCAGAUAUGGAUAGAAUCAUCAAAAUAGGGCUACUCAAGUGUUAUCUACAACUUGUCAAAUCUCUUCCAGAUAAUUUACAGCAAAAUAUUAAUUUACAGAUCAUUCCGUUACAUACUGUGUUAGAGAGUACAGAGCGGGGCAGUAACAUGCAACAGUUAAAGGCAAUAUCGUUUUCUGUGUUCACAGCCUGUCGAUGGAUUUCAUCGCACAAUGUACUGGGUCGGUCAUUGACAGGGUUUGGGCCAGCAUCAGCUGCCGAUCUCUUCCUCAAAAAGAAGGAAGAUAAGAAAAUGAAACUGUACAGUCCUCCGUUUGUGAUAGCUCCCACCAAAGACAAACAAGCUCUGCUGGCAGAGUGUCAUGGGGAGAAGUUGGAGAGGAGUAAUGUCCUGUACUUUUCUUACUGUCUGUCAGAGGACCAGCGGUGGUUAUUAGCUGCCUGUACAGACGAGCAGGGUGAACUGAUGGAGACGGCCACCAUCAACAUAGAAAUUCCAAACAGAAAUCGAAGGAAAAAAGCUUCAGCGAGAAAAAUUGGUUUGAGAAAGUUGUGGGAUUUUAUUUUGGGUGUAGUUACCAUGACAACCAUUCCUAGCAGGCUAGUGAUUGGGAGAUUUGGUAGAAUGGGCCAUGGUGAAUUAAAAGGUUGGUCAGGAUUGUUGAGUAAAAAGAACAUUGUAAAAUCCAUGAGACGUAUCAAAGAUCUGUGUCCCAACGUGUGUUCCCAUUUGACAAACAGUUCAGAAAUUCCAGGAAUUCUUAGUGUGUGUUUGAUAUCUCUGGAAUCUCAUUCAUCAUUCCAAGUUUUAGCCGAUGCUGUUAAGGCAGAGGAGAAGAUGAGUAGUAAUUGUCCGCUACAAACUCCACAAGAUGCUUCCUGUACACAUAUUCUAGUCUUUCCAAUUUCUGCAAAUGCGCAGGCAAAUUCUCAGAGUGUUAUGCCAGAUACUGGAGUAUCUUUAGGCCUAGGGAAUAUUGAAGAUGUCAUGGAUGAUGACAAUAUUCUGUCAGGUUUACAUGAGGACUUCAAAAUGGACAAUGAUAUAAAUGAUGGAUUUCUCUUUAAUGUUUUUGAAGAAAUUACAAAUUCUCCAAAUACUGUGCUUCCAGGAGGAAAUAACUCUAAUCCAGGAUCACCAACAGAUAAUGGCAGAAAUUCAUUGUCAGCCAUGAAUGGUUCUACCUCAAAUUCACAGGAUUUAGAUCCUCAAGAUGAACAGCCAAAUUUAUUACAGCAGCCUCUUGCAAUGGGAUAUAUUGUAUCCACAGCAGAUUCUGGGCCUCUGCCAAAAUGGUUCUGGUCAGCCUGUCCAGAAAGCGAGCAUCACAAACCAUAUACAUUCAAAGCUGCAUUACACAUUCAAUCAAAUCAGGAGGAAUUCAUGCCAUCAUCUCAAAGAAAUUCUCAUCCCUUAGACUCAAGUAUUACUUGUGAUGUACUCAGGUAUGUUUUGGAGAACUACAACGCUCUGUCAUGGUUGACCUUUGACCCAGUGAAGAAUGAUCGCCAGUCAAGUUUACCAAUACACAUCGUAGUUCUGAUGCAGAUGUACCAUGCAUUAAAUGCAUUUCUCUGAAUCUGUGAUAUUUUGACAAUUUUUUCUGUGAUGCAUUUAAUUCAUGCUCCAUCUGUCAUGAUUGAUCAAAACGCUGAAAGGAUCAGGAUCUCAAAAUCGACAUAUUUAUUGUAUUUUUUAUACAUUUUGUGAAUAAUACUGUAAUCUUUUGUAAAUUUUUGUACCUUCCCUUAUCGUGAACUAAAUUAUUGAAAAAAAGUCAGUGAAACUUGUGUAUUAAAUGUACAUGUGAUUAAUUUAUUGUAUAGUUCAUCAUAUCUCAUACCGUUUCAUAUACCUCACAGUAAACAAGUCAUGUCAUGAAGAAAUAAUGUAUAUAUUCUUGGAAUAAGCUUCUAUUAAGCUCCAAGCAUCCUCGUUGUGGUAGCUGAAUUCAUUAAAUUGUACAUUUUAUAAUGUUAAUGAACUUUUCCAAAUGAUAUUUGGAGCUGACUUUAAAGAAUUUGAAUGCUGAUCUUCCAUUAAUAUUAUGAAGACGAAAAUAGUGCUAAGAAGGAAGGGUCAAUGCAAUGGGGAAUUUGUUAAAAUGCCAGUAUUUUUUGUUAUCUUUUAAGGACUAGAUAUGUCCUAAAAGAAUUAAGGAAAAUUUUCAUUUAUCAUGCACAUUGUUACUUAACACUUUUAGUUCUAUUCACGUCAUAUCAAAACUGGAGAAUAAUAAAAAAGACUAAAGAUUUUAUUUUCCAAGCUUGUAUCAACAAUGUUAAUAGUUCUUUUUGGAAAGGAGACUUUUCAGUACUUCAGCUCCUUUUUAAAAUCUUAGAAAACCCACAUUAGAUAUAAAUCAUGUUCUAUGUUGAUAUGAUUAUAUUAAUAGUAUUUUUUUAUUUGUUAAAAAUGAAAUAUUUUAAAAGUGCUGAGUACAGGAGGCGUGCUAAAUUAAUUAAUAAACCAUGACUCAAUAUGAAAGUCAAAAUAUUUUUUUAUAAAAUAUAUAUUUUUCUGUCAGAUAUCAUAGUUUAGGGUGAUCCCUUUAAAAGUCAUAAUUACUCUAGUUUAAAAAAACUUUGAAAACAAAGAAAUUUGUGUGAAAAUAUCAGCUAAAUUUAUAUCAAAUUAGCAUAUGGGCAUGUUACAAAAAUAUGGGAAUACUGCCAAUCUUGAAAAAGGUUUUCAAUGGAUUGAGUUAUUUUUUUUUAUGGCAAGAUAUUGUAAUAAUUUAUAUCAGUUGUGGGGAAACAGUGAUGAAAAUAAUAUCUCCUUAUUUUAUAAAGGGGGAAAUCAAUAUCAAAAUACCAUCAAAGUAUUGUAAAUGAAGUGGCAUAUUAUAAGCAGAUGAUCAAUUUGUUAAACUUAAUGUUAGAUUUCUUAAUUCUUAACUUAUUUUGUAAGUAUUUAUAAGUUCCUGUGAUAUGUUUCUACAUAUGAUUAUUUGGGGAUCUUUGGUUUCAGAGACUUAAUCUGUGUAUAUUUUUCAUACCCUUAGUCAGUAUUAUUAUAAUGGUAUGCCCUCUUACUCUAGGGCCUUGUAUGCCAGAGUAGGGGAAAGGAUGAGUGAUGUGAAACAUUACCAAUCAAUGCUUAGAAAACAUUUUUGUUAUUAUAGAGAUUCCAGUAUAUUAUUUUGUCCUUUUUACCUAUGGGGAAACAGACAUACUCUGUUUGAUAAUUUAACCAAUCAGAUUGUAGGAGUAUCACAGAUAUGCCAUUCCAAAAAAAGUAUAUCAAUAUUUUGUUUUCUUUUUUCAAAGAGUUACAGUAUUUAAAAAUAUAUUAUGGUUGUAAAUUAAGAUAUUUUCCUUUAAAACACGCCUGGCACUUAGUGGAAGCUCUGCAAAUAAGAAAUGGACCUAAUGAUGCAAUUUUACUACCAUUGCUUUUUGAACCAUAGCAAUUGUAGUUAAUAUAUACAUUUUUGGGGUUCUCCCUUACACGGAAUAUAUUUUAUUCUGUAUUCAACAUAUGAAAAUUUGUUUUUAAUGUAUUAAAGAAAUGAAAUGUAUGAUAAUUUUGGUAUUUCUCUGUAAUAACUUGAAGACAUGCUGGAGGGAGCUCACAGAAUUCCUUGAAAUUUCAAAUAUAUUUAGAGUGAAAAAAGUUUGAUUCCUCACGUCUGGACAAGUAGCUCCUUUCCUUUGUGCUGGGUGUGGUAUGUUUUAAUGGAACUACCGUUACUUUCAAUUUGAAGUAUUUCUGAAGGGAGAUAAUUGAUAUUAAACUUUUUUAAUUGCUACUUAAUAUUGGUUAGUUGUUUAUUCUUGUUUUUCUCUAAAAAAUAUUGUGCCAAAUGUUGGACUCCAUAUAAAUUUUAUUAAGAUUAACCUUUAUUUUUCCAAGAGCAAUUUAAGUCUUUUAUUCAUUUCUUUUUGUAAAAUUGGUAUGAAUAAUUAAAGUUUUCUAUUAAUUAUAAACUUAAAAAAUGUAAACAUAGAUUUAAAAAUAGUUAAUUACAUCUAAAGGAAUACAUUAUUGAAACUAUAAAUGUAUUGGGGUGCAUUUUUCUCAUUUGAGUGAGGAAGUUGUUCCCUGUUUAAAUAAAAUCUUCUAUCAAUUUUUUACCUGUAAAUUAACUAUUUUCAAUCAAAUAAUGAGAUCUAUAAUUUAUUAUAGGCUUUUUAAAGAGUCGUUAUUGGUUACAUUUUCCCACUAAGUUGAAUUUUGUAAACUGAUCAGUAUUUUUACCCAUAAUUCCACCAAUUCAAUAAGUGAUACUAUUUUCCUAACUCCAGAUAGUCCUUUUUAGGCAUUUCAUUGUUCCUUUGUAUUUUUAUACUGCAUUAAAAAGUCUUAAGAUAAUCUUUCACAUUUGUUUUUGAUGAAAUAUGAUGGUUAUCGUGUCUAUUUUGUCAGCACCAGAGAAGGAAAAGUAAAUUGUAGUCAUGAUCUAAAAUAUUGCAAAUUGUUUUUAAGUAUCUGUGAAGCUUGUUUGUCUCAUUGUUGAAAACUUUUUUAUUUUUUGCAUAUAUCUGAAUUUUUAUCAAUUAGAGGUCAGGGGUCAAUACUGAGGAAUACUUCUCUGAAUUCUAUACUGAAAACGGAAGAAAACAUUGUGUAAGUUACCAUGCAGAAGUCUCAUUUUUACAGUCAGGGGUAGACUUAGGGUACAAGUUCAAUGGUUGUAACAUAAUAAAAUCAUUUUUUGUUAGUUUUAUCAUACUUUCAUUCAUUUGUCAGUUUUUCUUGUUAAUUUUGUACAAAUGUAUUUAUGUAAUAUAAAAAUGUUCUAUUUAUAUAUUUUGCAAUUUGCAGGGAGAUUUAUCUCCCUUUACGUUAACAUUUCCAAAAUGAUAUUGUAUAAAGACGACACUAAUUGUAUAUUUUGCUAUUUUGUAAUGAAACCAAAGUUUGUUGUACUUUAUUUGUUGUAAUAAUAAGAUUGAAGAAUUUGUAAGAUUGGUCGUUUUGUAGAAGUUGUGUAGAGUGGACUAGAGUAAGUACUCAAAUAGGGAAGGAUUUCAACUUGAAUGGCCCCACUGUGUAUACUGAUACUAAGCACGGUCCAAAGGCAUGUUCAAGGUUGUUGAGUAUUAGAUAGAUAAUAAUUUUGCAGUGCAAAAAUUGUGUAUUAAGUACAAAAUAAAGAGUGCUAUUUGCAUGGUUAGUGUAAAACUGUAAAGAAUUGUAUGUGUUUAAGGUGUUUAAGAACAUAGGUCAUUUUAAGUAUACAAGGGGAGCCAUAUAAGCAACUUUGUUUCAAAGAGAGUUAUAAUCUUCUGGGUGUUUUUUUGUUGUAAACCUUCCAAAAUUUAUCAAAUUAAAAUUCAUCAAAACUAUUGGUAUAUAAAAAUGUCUAUUAAGGAAAUAAAAAUAUCUGAAUCUUUAUUUGUUUCCUCAUUGUCAAAGCUGUGGGACAUUAGAAUUUUUUUAAAAAUAGUGGAAAAGGAAAAAAAUUAUUCCUGCUUUUAAUUUUUCUAAUCCACUUCAAAAAUUUCAUAAGGUAUACUUUUCAUUUGACCUAAUUCUACUGAACACAGGACAGAUUUUGCUGCUGAUAGAAUUUGAUGCACUGAACUUAAGAAAGGGCAAUUAUACAAUUAUAAGUAAGGAUAUUUUUGGACCCUAGAGAUUUUAAUGGAUCUGUUUUUAGGAAUUUUUGGUCUUCAAUGCUCUUCAACUUCGUACUUUAUUUGGCCUUUUUAACUUUUUUUGAUUCGAGCGUCACUGAUGAGUCUUUUGUAGACGAAACGCGCAUCUGGUGCGAAUACAAAAUUUCAAUCCUGGUAACUAUGAUGAGUUUUUUUUCAUCGAAUUAAUUAUGAAGACUGUAUUGUACAGUUAUACACAGUGGCAUUCCAGUUUAGGUCAUUGUAGAGAAUUAUCUUCGUUGUUUGUUGACAGUAUUAUAAAGGCAUAAAAACAAAAUUAAGAAAUAUGUCAAAAAACUUUAGUCACUUAUUUUAUUAGCACAUAAGGCCAAUUGUCUUGCACUGGUUUUUGGUGCAACUUAAAGAUCAUUAGAAUAUCAAGGCAUUUUUUUCUAUGUAUAUUUGUACUAUUGUGAUGUAUAGUUUUUAAUGUCUUUGAGAUAUUAUCUGUAAUGAUGAUUAUAUUAUACAUUUAAUAAUUUAUUUCUGUUGAAACAAAACAUGAAAUAUUGACUCAUUUCAUCAAAAUGAAAAUAAAUAGAAUAAAAUUAUUGUUUAA